AUGGCAAAAGGAGCCUUAAUCGGUUGCUUUGGGUUGACAGAGCCGAACCAUGGUUCUGAUCCAGGCUCGAUGGAAACCACCGCAAGAAUUGAUCCUGAUCGUGAAGGCAUGUAUUUACUUUCAGGUUCAAAAACCUGGAUCACGAACUCACCCAUAGCUGAUGUUCUCAUCGUCUGGGCCAAACUUGAUGGUCAAGUUCGGGGGUUUCUCAUUGAGAGAGCUAGAUGCCCCCCUGGCACUCUAGAAACACCGGCAAUCAAGAAUAAAACAGGGCUCCGAGCAUCGAUUACCGGGAUGAUCCAUAUGGACAACGUACCCGUACCCAAAGAAUUCAUGUUUCCGGACGUUGAGGGACUCAGAGGGCCAUUCGCUUGCCUUAAUAAUGCUCGAUAUGGGAUUGCUUGGGGAACUAUGGGGGCAUUAGAAGAUUGCAUUGAAAGAGCCCGCGAUUAUUCACUGUCGCGGAAACAAUUCAAGGGUAAUCCAUUGGCGAAAUACCAACUUAUUCAGAAGAAAUUGGCCGAUGCAGUGACGGAUGCCACAUUCGGGCUUUUGGCGUGCGUCCAAGUUGGGAGACUUAAGGAGCAAGGGCUUCUAGCCCCGGAGAUGAUAUCCAUGAUUAAGCGGCAGAAUUGUGACCGAUCGCUGGCUCAUGCACGACAUCUGCAGGAGAUUUUCGGAGGGAAUGCGGUAGCAGACGAGUAUCAUAUAGGGCGGCACGUAGCCAAUUUAUUCGUCGCGCAGACCUAUGAGGGCCAAAGCGAUAUCCACAGCCUAAUACUGGGGAGGGCUAUCACUGGGAUCCAGGCGUUUUGCUGA